UUUUGGUUUCCUUGUGUGACUUAAAUUGCUGAUAUCGAAACUAACAGAAACCACUAUGAUUCAGGAAAUUAGUUCACUGGAUGGAUCUCAUGUUGCCUAUUCUGAAUGUACAUUGUUACCAGAAGAUAUGAAGACUCAGACUAAUGUAGUGUUGCCUGUUCUUGAAGCAAAAUCAGCAGAAGACAUUGAUAUGGCUUUUAAGCAACUUCAUGAAGGGGUUGAUGUUGAGGAAGUGAUUGUUCCGAGUAUGAUUGAGAAACUGCAAGAUCAAUCAGCUAACAAAUCAAAAUUACCCGUUGUCGAGGCAAGAUCUCUGGAGGAUAUAUAUAAAGCGUUUCAACAAUCUCCGGAAUCUAGUCCAGCUGAGCUGCCACCUUCUUCAGGCUAUACAAAGACUGAGAAUAACAUGGUGCUUCCUGUUCUUGAAGCAAGAUCAGCGGAAGAUAUUAAUUUGGCUUUCAAGCAACUUCAUGAAGGGGUUGAUGUUGAGGAAGUGAUUGUUCCAAGUAUGAUUGAGAAACUGCAGGAUCAUGGAGAUAUCAAAUCAAAAUUACCCGUAGUCGAGGCAAGAUCUCUGGAGGAUAUACAUAAAGUUAUUCAUCAACCUCUGGAAUCCAGUCAACCUGAGCUUCCACAUUCUUCAUGCUUAAAGAACAAAUCAUCAAAAGAUACAAAGACCAAUACGAAUGUGGUGCUGCCUGUUCUUGAAGUGAAAUCAGCAGAAGAUAUUGAUUUGGCUUUUAAGCAACUUCACGAAGGGGUCGAUGUUGAGGAAGUUAUUGUUCCGAGUAUGAUUGAGAAACUGCAGGAUCAUGGAGAUAUCAAAUCAAAAUUACCUGUUGUCGAGGCAAGAUCUAUGGAGGAUAUACAUAAAGUUUUUCAUCAAGCUCUGGAUUCUAGUAAACCUGAGCUGCCACAUUCUUCAGGCUUAAAGAACAAAUCAUCAAAAGUUACAAAGACCGAGAUCAAUGGGCUGCUGCCUGUUCUUGAAGCAAAAUCAGCAGAAGAUAUUGAUUUGGCGUUUAAGCAACUUCACGAAGGGGUUGAUGUUGAAGAAGUAAUUGUUCCAAGUAUGAUUGAGAAACUGCAAGAUUAUACAGAUGAUAAAGAAAAAUUACCCGUUGUCGAGGCAAGAUCUCUGGAGGAUAUACAUAAAGUUAUUCAUCAACCUCUGGAAUCCAGUCAACCUGAGCUUCCACAUUCUUCAUGCUUAAAGAACAAAUCAUCAAAAGAUACAAAGACCAAUACGAAUGUGGUGCUGCCUGUUCUUGAAGUGAAAUCAGCAGAAGAUAUUGAUUUGGCUUUUAAGCAACUUCACGAAGGGGUCGAUGUUGAGGAAGUUAUUGUUCCGAGUAUGAUUGAGAAACUGCAGGAUCAUGGAGAUAUCAAAUCAAAAUUACCUGUUGUCGAGGCAAGAUCUAUGGAGGAUAUACAUAAAGUUUUUCAUCAAGCUCUGGAUUCUAGUAAACCUGAGCUGCCACAUUCUUCAGGCUUAAAGAACAAAUCAUCAAAAGAUACAAAGACCGAGACCAAUGUGCCACUGCCUGUUCUUGAAGCAAAAUCAGCAGAAGAUAUUGAUUUGGCUUUUAAGCAACUUCACGAAGGGGUUGAUGUUGAGGAAGUAAUUGUUCCGAGUAUGAUUGAGAAACUGCAAGAUUAUACGGAUAAUAAAGUAAAGCUACCUGUUGUUGAAACAAGAUUUCUGGAGGAUAUACAUAAAAAUUUUCAACAAGCACCAGAAUCUAAUCCGGUUGAGGUGCUGCAAUCUUCCGACUUUAGGAAGGAAUUAUCAAAAGAUUCGAAGACCGACAAUAAUAUGGUGCUUCCUAUUCUUGAAGCACGAUCAGCAGAAGAUAUUGAUUUGGCUUUUAAGCAACUUCAUGAAGGGGUCGAUGUUGAGGAGGUGAUUCUUCCAAGUAUGAUUGAGAAACCGAAGGAUCAUGGAGAUAUCAAAUCAAAAUUACCUAUAGUUGAGGCAAGAACUCUGGAGGAUAUACAUAAAGCAUUUCAUCAAGCUCCAGAAUUUAGUCCAGCUGAGCUGCCGCCUUCUUCAGGCUAUACGAAUACAGAAACUAAUGUGGUUCUGCCUAUUCUUGAAGCAAGAUCAGCAGAAGAUAUUGAUUUGGCUUUUAAGCAACUUCAUGAAAGGGUUGAUGUAGAGGAAGUGAUUGUUCCGAGUAUGAUUGAGAAACCGCAGGAUCAUGGAGAUAUCAAAUUAAAAUUACCUGUUGUCGAGGCAAGAUCUAUGGAGGAUAUACAUAAAGUUUUUCAUCAAGCUCCGGAUUCUAGUAAACCUGAGCUGCCACAUUCUUCAGGCUUAAAGAACAAAUCAUCAAAAGUUACAAAGACCGAGACCAAUGGGCUGCAGCCUGUUCUUGAAGCCAAAACAGCAGAAGAUAUUGAUUUGGCAUUUAAGCAACUUUACGAAGGGGUUGAUGUUGAGGAAGUAAUUGUUCCAAGUAUGAUUGAGAAACUGCAAGAUCAUGCAGAUAAUAAAGCAAAACUACCUGUUGUCGAAGCAAGAUCUCUGGAGGACAUACAUAAAGUUUUUCAUCAAGCUCUGGAAUCUAGUCAACCUGAGCUUCCACAUUCUUCAGGCUUAAAGAACAAAUCAUCAAAAGAUACAAAGACCGAGACCAAUGUGCUGCUGCCUGUUCUUGAAGUAAAAUCAGCAGAAGAUAUUGAUUUGGCUUUUAAGCAACUUCACGAAGGGGUUCAUGUUGAGGAAGUAAUUGUUCCAAGUAUGAUUGAGAAACUGCAAGAUCAUACAGAUAAUAAAGCAAAACUACCUGUUGUCGAAACAAGAUCUCUGGAGGAUAUACAUAAAUAUUUUCAACAAGCAGCAGAAUCUAAUCCGGUUGAGGUGCUGCAAUCUUUUGACUUUAGGAAGGAAUUAUCAAAAGAUUCGAAGACCGACAAUAAUGUGGUGCUUCCUAUUCUUGAAGCACGAUCAGCAGAAGAUAUUGAUUUGGCUUUUAAGCAACUUCAUGAAGGGGUCGAUGUUGAGGAAGUGAUUGUUCCAAGUAUGAUUGAGAAACCGAAGAAUCAUGGAGAUAUCAAAUCAGAGUUACCUAUAGUUGAGGCAAGAUCUCUGGAGGAUAUACAUAAAGCAUUUCGUCAUGCUCCAGAAUCUAGUCCAGCUGAGCUGCCGUUUUCUUCAGGCUAUACAAAUACAGAGACUAAUGUGGUGCUGCCUGUUCUUGAAGCAAGAUCAGCAGAAGAUAUUGAUAUGGCUUUUAAGCAACUUCAUGAAGGAGUUGAUGUUGAGGAUGUAAUUGUUCCGAGUAUGAUUGAGAAACUGCAAGAUCAUUCAGAUUAUAAAGCAAAACUACCUGUUGUCGAGGCAAGAUCUCUGGAGGAUAUACAUAAAGUUUUUCAUCAAGCUCCAGAAUCUAGUCCAGCUGAGCUGCCUCCUUCUUCAGGCUAUACUAAGACCGAGACUAAUGUGGUGCUGCCUGUUCUUGAAGCAAGAUCAGCAGAAGAUAUUGAUUUGGCUUUUAAGCAACUUCAUGAAGGGGUUGAUGUAGAGGAAGUGAUUGUUCCUAGUAUGAUUGAGAAAACUCAGGAUCAUGGGGAUAUCAAAUCCAAAUUACCUGUUGUCGAGGCAAAAUCUUUGGAAGAUUUACAUAACGCUUUCCAACAAGGCAUAGAACCGACUCCAGCUGAGCGGCCUCACUCUUCAGGCACAAGGAAUGAACCGAGACCAUGAACGGUAAGAAGGCAAAGCUCAAGUUCUACUGAUUAUGAAUGAAGUAACAAAAUGUAGUUUAGAAAGAGUUUGGUGGUUUCAGUUUUCUUUUAAAAUGGUUGUUUCUUUAACCCUCCUUUUUGGAGAUGAGAUUUUUGGUUUUCUAGUUUGGUUACCAUAAUGUUUUUGAUUAAUGUAGUCAUGUUUUGUUGAGUUUAUUUGUUUAUUGAAUGAAUGAAUGAGUUAUUCAAAAGUAAGGA